AAUUAUUGCAGAAAUCGAGAAGCAUGGAUUUGAUUGUCAAUUUGACUUAUACUAUCAAUGACAUGCAUCCCUGCUAUGAAUCAGAUAACACAACUUAUGUAUUAACAAGUAACCCUUCCAUAAUAUGUGUAAUAUUGAAUAUUUUCUUGGGCUCAUUAUCUGUUGCCACAAUAUGUGGAAAUCUUCUUGUAAUAAUCUCCAUUAUUUAUUUCAAACAGCUCCACAUCCCUACAAACUACCUUAUCCUGUCUCUGGCAGUGGCUGACCUGCUUGUAGGACUUGUAGUUUUUCCUUUCAGCAUGGUAUUCACUGUAACCCUGUGUGUGUAUCAUGUAGAUUUAUUUUGUAAAAUACGAGACAGCUUUGAUGUAUCACUGUGCACAUCUUCUAUUCUUAACUUAUGUUGUAUUUCCAUAGACAGAUAUUAUGCAGUGUGUCAGCCUCUGACAUACAGAUCUAAAAUAAGUGUCCAUGUUACUGUGAUCAUGAUCCUUGUGAGCUGGUAUAUUUCAAUUUUAAUUGGAAUUGCAAUUAUAUUUGCAGGAUUCAGCCAAGGAACUUGUGAAGAAAUGUGCUCAGUUGAUGUUGUGUUGGCAAACACUAUAGGACCUGUCUUAUCAUUUUAUCUCCCAGCAAUCAUAAUGCUCUGCAUAUAUGUGAAAAUUUUCCUGAUUGCACAGAAGCAGGUGAACAGUAUCCAAAAUGCAGCCUGUCAGAGCACAAAGUCUAGAGUUACUUUCAGUAAAAUGGAGAAAAAGGCAACUAAAACUCUGGCUAUAGUUAUGGGAGUUUUUCUGUUAUGUAUGAUUCCUUACUUUUUUUGUAUUGUUUUUCAGCCUUUAGCUUAUAAAACCCCACCCAUUCCUGUGAUUGAAACACUUAACUGGCUUGCAUUGUCAAAUUCAAUGCUGAAUCCCUUCAUAUAUGCUUUCUUUUACAGGUGGUUCCGAUCAGCUUUUAGAAUGAUAAUUUCUGGAAAAAUGUUCCAAGGUGACUUUACCAACACAAGUUUGUUUUGAAAUAAUAUGCAGUGUUGAAAUUUCUACAUACUGCACACUGUCAAUGGAUUUUAGUACACUGAGACAAUAAAAUAUUAGAAAUAAAAAGGUGUGGAUAAAUCACGA